AUGGCUUGUCAAAAUGGACACACUCAAAUAAUUGAACUGUUGCUGAAGGAACAAGUUGAUCCUAAUGUUCAAAUGAAUAUUGGCCUUACUGCUUUAAUGAUUGCUAGUGCUAAUGGACAAUAUGAAGUAGUUAAGUUAUUAUUAGAAUGGAAAGCUAAUCCAACUAUUAAGUCUAAUAAAGGACACACUGCAUUAUCUGUAGCCAAAACUAAAGAAGUAUCCACUUUGCUCAAAGAAUUUUUUAAUAAAGGUAAUAUAAUAUUUGAUGAAGAUGCUGCUAGUGUAUAUUCAUCUGCAACAGUAUCCAGUCGUGCAUCCAGUGGGUAUCAUUCAAUAUCCAGUGGUUAUAGUAGUAUAAGAACUUUUUCUUCAAUUAAAUUAACUUUUAAAAAAGACAAGUAUAAGUAG